AUGGUUGAUGCUCCACCACCUAUUGAUGUCCAGUAUCCACCAGCGCAUGAUAAGAUGGUUCAAAUGUUCAUGCAAGUCCUCAUGAAAUUAUUAUUGUCAAAGAAGUCAAUGGAAGCAAUGCAAGCUCUUGAGUUAUUCAGUGACUCAUCAAUUGUUGUCAGCUUGGUUCACUUCUACAGAUCAGUAGAACUGUUUUCUUUCAGAAGAACAGAAAAAGUUUUGCCACAGCUCAAGGAAAAGCUUUCUCAAGCUACAAUCGAGGAUGAUUUGCUCGGAUCCGUUCCUGUUGAUGUCAUCAAAGACUCUUUCUUCCAAAUGAACGAUCUUUUGAUCAAAUUAUGUUCAGCUCGUUCCCAGAUCCAUGUUUUCAGGUUCUUAGAGCUCCUUGAUGGCUGCCCAGUCUCCGAUUUCCUCAAACCUCGCGUUGCUCUCUGCAAGAAGAUUUCGACAUUUGAGAACUUCAGAAGGGCCAUUGUCCACUGCGAUUUACUUGGCGCACCAGAUAAGAUCGUUUCCGACCUUAUUUUGAACCAUUCCCUUGCUUUGGGACAAGCCGCCGCAGAAUGUCUCGGAACGUCAUCAGCAAACGCAACAAAGCAAUGGCUUACGUUCCAGUAUUCGACAGCCGCCACUCCAGCCCAAGUUUUGGAGAUCCACAAGCAGAUAUCUUCAACAAUCCAAAAUGCGGAUCCAAUUUUCUUCGUAACAUUAUUUGCCGCAUUGUUACCAUAUGCACAGCCCACGUUCUCCACGGAAAUCGCCAAAUACGCUCGUUCUCUCUUCAAAGAUGAUUCAUCGAAACUUUGCAAGCACUUAGAUGCUCUUCUAGUUCAUCUCCAGAUCUGUUCCGAUAACAACAUCGAAGUCAAUGGUCCUCCAGGUGCUCCACCCUCUUUAAAGGAUCUUUUGACACUUUUAUUCCCAUUAGUAGAAAUCACUGAUCUUUCAACGAGUGUCAACUUAUCUUUAGCCUCUCCUCUUCUCUUUAACCUCGAAACUCUUCAGAGAUUCUUCGAUUCCAGUGUCGACAAAGCCAUCGAUGUUUGUUUAGACACAAGAAGAGUUUCAGAUGCAAGGUUGCUUUGCGAAUGGCGAAACAGAGAUCCACACAACAUCCAUCUCCUUGAAACAGUUCAAUCCGCAAUAACAGGCGAUUGCAUGACCGCCGAAGGAAUCGAACUGCUUAAGAACUACGGAAAUACAACAGGAGAUUUGGAGAAUAUGUUGGAUAACGUCGCCAAAAACAAACAAUGGAGAUUUGUUUUGAUUUCUUUGCAUUACAAAGCAGCGAAGAAACUAAAUUUUCCAACACAAAACAUAUUGAGGCAAAAGACAAGCGAGUUUAUCGAAUCAAAACUCUCAAUAACUUACUCGGAGUGGCCAUUGAUUUCCCAGUUGAUCAAAGCUUCACAAAUGACACAACAAGAAGCAGCGAAAUCACUGGCGAAUUCAUAUGCAAACCACGUACAAAACGUGUUAGUAAAACAUGAAUCAAUUGGUGGAACAAUUCCUGUUGACGAUUAUACGAACAAUUUCCAUGAUUUCACAAAACUCUGCGAUUCUCCAUCAUUAAUUGGGGAAAACUUGUUCCAAAUUGCACAGAACCUUCCACGAGGAACUCCUCUUUCCGUGAGAGUUAAUCUCCUUUUGCAUUCAUCAACAUGCACACCAGAUAUCGAUGAAUGCGCCGAAACAUUGGAUUCUUUGAUCGACACAUUGACAGGAAACAAUGAACUCAAGCUCAUCAUUGACAUUGUUUCCGUAUUCCCUGAUCCUGCCUUGUUGCCAAGAUACUUCCAGUAUCUCAUUGCUCAACAGAAAUUGGACACUUUGCCACAUGGCCAAUUAUCCGAAAAAGUUGGACGUGUUAUAAUGAACUGCGCAAGACACGUUCAUCCAUUCGAGCCACAGAAGUACUUCGACUUGACUUUGCAGUACUCAUUAUUCAGAGAUCACGCAGAACUUCAAAUGGAAUGUGGAAGUAGAUUACUUCAAGGAGUUCCUGAUAAAUCACAACUCCAAGAAGCAUCAAGACAUUAUCUUUUGGCAUUGGCUUAUUUCCUUCAUGAAAAAUGCUACUCACUUUCCAUGGAAUGCCUUAAGAAACUGUCUUUGAUCUCUUUGCAAUUGGAAGUUCCUGAACCAAGCAUUUUGCACUUGGACAAGCAACAAGUUCUCCAGUUAAUGUGCACAAAGGACUUCCCAUUUGCAUUGACAAUUGCUGUUGCUUUUGAUAUGGAUACAGAAGCAAAUUGGGCUGAAGCUCUGUACGCACAAAGCGUUCAGAACAAGGGCGAAGACUUCUUGACUGCGUUCCAAUACUUCAGACCAAUAACAAGCAAUUUAUGCGAUGGUGUUGUGAGAAAGUUCAAGGCUUCAACACAAGAUGAAGGACAAAAGGAUAGAAUGAAACAAUUUUUGUUGAAUAUUCCUAACUUAGUUGAAAGAUACAGAAUUGCUAAGUCCCUUGACUUCCAGGAUCAGAUUGAAUCAAUGAAGGAAGUCAACCCUGUCGUUUGCGAAUGGUGUGAACGCGUACUUAUGAGUAAGCAAUAA